GAGGACCAGGGUCCUCUCCAGAUGGAAGACCACCAUCCCCGAAGGAGCUGAGCACCGUGCAGGUCUGCAGAGAUCCCAGCUCAUCUCUGAGGAGCGAGCCCUCGUUGUUCCCGGAACUGCCAGCGUCAUGAGCUCUCCUUCCAUGGCGUCUCUCAGGGUCCUGGGUACCCUCCUGCUGCUUGGAGUCCAGCUUGUCUGCCCACAGCCGUCCACUGACCACAGAAAGGUCCCGCAGCGGAUGGUGGUGGCCGAGGGCGCCCCAGAGGACGGCGGUGGCGCCCCAGGCGUGUGGGGCUCCUGGGGACCCUGGUCAGCCUGCUCUCGAAGCUGCAGCGGCGGCGUGAUGGAGCAGACGCGACCCUGCCUGCCUGGCUCUUACCGCGCGCAAGGCCAGCCGCGGCCCGUUGUCCCCGCGCGCGCCUUCGCCGGCCAUGUCGUGUCUGCCUUGCGCACGUCUGUGCCACUGCAUCGCAGCCGCGAGGAGCCCCAUCCCCUCGCUGGUGCCAACACAGACCGCCAGGGCCCCGCCCUGUUGCGUGGCAGCAGGCACCCUCAGCCGGGGGGCCGUCAACCCACAGCCGAAAGAAGGAGCAGGACCCGAGGCCCCAUUGGCCCUGGCAAGUACGGCUAUGGCAAGGCCCCGUACAUCUUACCGCUGCAGACAGACACUGGACAUCGGCCGCAGAGGCUUCGGAGACAGAGGCCCUCAGCCCGACGUUCCAGGUCUCAGGGAGCAUCUGGUUCUAGACGUGGCUACAGUUCCCCGGCCAGCCGGGCUCCCCAACAUGGCUCUCUCGGUGACAAUGGCCCUCUCUCUGGACUGCACGCCUCAGAGGGCUCUAUCUACCAGCUGCCUCUGACAAACGACCAAGCCUUCCCUGCCGCCCCAAAUCUCUUCCAUGGCUCAGAAGCGAACAGCAAUCAUGGUGUGGGAUCCCGCCGGGGCACCCAGAUCUUCUCCCAGCCUGCUCGCUCUACAGCGAUCUCCUGCAUCGGGGCCUACAGGCAGUACAAGAUGUGUAACACCAACGUAUGUCCAGAAAGCAGCCGAAGUAUCCGAGAGGUGCAGUGUGCAUCCUAUAACAACAAGCCGUUCAUGGGACGCUUUUAUGAGUGGGAACCAUUUGCGGAAGGAAAGGGCAAUCGGAAGUGUGAGUUGAACUGCCAGGCAAUGGGUUACCGCUUCUACGUGCGUCAAGCUGAGAAGGUCAUUGACGGCACUCCCUGUGACCUGAACGGCUCGGCCAUCUGUGUGUCUGGGCAGUGCAAGAGUAUCGGCUGCGACGACUUCUUGGGCUCCGACAAAGUCGUGGACAAGUGCGGGGUGUGCGGAGGCGAUAACACGGGCUGCCAGGUGGUGUCCGGUGUGUUCAAGCACGCGCUCACCAGCCUGGGCUACCAUCGAGUGGUCGAGAUCCCCCAGGGAGCCACAAAAAUCAACAUCACCGAGAUGCACAAAAGCAACAACUAUUUGGCCUUGCGAAGUCGUUCCGGCCGCUCCAUCAUCAACGGGAACUGGGCGAUUGACCGGCCGGGAAAAUAUGAGGGUGGAGGCACCAUGUUCACCUACAAGCGUCCCAAUGAGAUUUCGAGCACUGCGGGAGAGUCCUUCUUGGCAGAAGGUCCAACCAAUGAGAUCUUGGAUGUCUACAUGAUACACCAGCAGCCUAACCCAGGAGUCCACUACGAGUAUGUCAUCAUGGGGGCCAAUGCCAUCAGCCCCCAGGUGCCGCCUCACAGGAGACCAGGAGAGCCCUUCAACGGCCAGCUGCUACCAGAAGGUCAGAGCCAGGCCGAGGGGCAAGAGGAGGAGGAGGAGAAGGACCUGCACCGCGGGGAGGCACCUGAAAUAUUCACCAUGGAAUCAGCCCAGACCUUUCCAGUCAGGCAGCCCGAUAGGUUUGCCUCCCACCGGCCAGACAACGUGGUGCCCCCAGCUCCACUGCCCCCCCGGAGAAGCCGCGAUCACAACUGGAAGCAGCUGGGGACCACAGAAUGCUCGGCCACCUGCGGGAAAGGGUCGCAGUACCCCAUUUUUCGCUGUGUGAACAGAAAUUCUCAUCAAGAGGUCCCGGACAGCUCCUGUGAGCCCAGCAUGAAGCCCACCCCUGAGGAGGAGCCCUGCAACAUCUUCCCGUGCCCCGCCUUCUGGGACAUCGGAGAAUGGUCUGAGUGCAGCAAAACCUGUGGCCUGGGCAUGCAGCACCGCCAGGUCUUGUGCCGCCAGGUAUAUGCCAACCGCAGCCUGACGGUGCAGCCCUACCGCUGCCAGCACCUGGAGAAGCCGGAGACCGCCAGCACCUGCCAGCUGAAGAUCUGCAGCGAGUGGCAGACCCGCACCGACUGGACCUCGUGCUCAGCCGAGUGUGGGGCUGGAGUGCGGACUCGCUCGGUGGUGUGCAUGACCAACCAUGUGGGCAGCCUGCCCCUGGAGGGCUGUGGAAACAACCGUCCCUCAGAGGCCACCCCCUGUGACAAUGGACCCUGCACUGGCAAGGUGGAGUGGUUUGCUGGGAGCUGGAAUGAAAACUGCCAGGACAAGUACUACAACUGCAACGUGGUGGUGCAAGCGCGGCUCUGCGUCUACAACUACUACAAGACGGCCUGCUGUGCCUCCUGCACUCGCGUGGCCAACAGGCACCCGGGGUACCUGGGCGGCAGAUAACACCCCGGGCAGCGCCGCGCCGCCUGCCGUGCCCAGAGCUGUGCGCAGUAGCACUGGCAGGUCGCCGUUCCACCAGGCGCUGCCUGGCCCGGGACACCCCCAAGCCUCACUAAUCACCACCACCACCCCCCACCCCGCCUUCAGUAAAGUGUGACCCCUGGCUCUUAGGAGCUCCAAGACCAGGGCUGGCCCUGCGGGCAUCCCCGCGGACUGAUGCGCUGUCUCCCGGAGAGGCGAUCUUGGAAACCCAAGCAAUGGGCGGGGCGUGCAGCCCAGCCACGGUGCCCAGGUGGCACUUGGAUCACCUGCGGGACGUUGCCUCCGCCGAUCCUCCAGGGGCGCUAGCAGCACGGUGCCCUAGGCAGCGCCCCCACCUCGGAGCCUCACUAAUCCCUGCUGCCCUGUUACUUGGGCCCCACUGUGCCUACUUCCAUUAUCAAAGACUAGACUGAUGGCCUGACUAGCUCACCUUGACGUAGCCAAGAUAGGAUAGUGCUUGAUGGUUCAGCAGGUGUUACGAAGGGUAUUCAAAAAAACUUGGUGGAAAGAUUCCACUAUCUCUUCAUUCCAUUUCCCCCCACAAACUUUUGGAAGCCCCCCUAUGCUUUCCCCCAAAAUGAGCCCUGGUGGCA